AUUUCUCAAUUCUACAGCAAGUCAACUAACAUAUUGUGGUAUGUGUGAACUGGGUGGCAUGAUGGAAGAAGGAGAGCUGGCCGUGUUUUUCAGGAACAACCAUUUCUCCACCAUUUUAAAGAGACAGGAUCAUCUGCUGCUGCUAGUGACGGACCAUGGGUUUGUGAAUGAGCACGGACAUGUGUGGCAGACUCUUUCCACUACUGACGGAGAUGAGUCGUUCAUGGACGCCAGAUUCAGGCCGAGUGCCGUGAGUGAAGUACAGCAGGAGAGGGAGAAGGAGGGGGCGGAGUCUCAAGACCAGACCACGCCCACCAGGGACCCCCCACCUGUUUCACAGGACGUCGACUAUCAGACAGCCCUAACACUACAGCAGGAGGAGUACAGAGCAGCAGGAGAGUGGAGACUGAUAACACCGACCAACCCUCCUCACCUCAACAGAUUCACACAGCUGUGGCAGGACCAAAUACAGCUGAGGAAUACGAGAGAGCAUCACAGGCUGACAGACAACACAGACCAAAUCCACCAUGCACAAUCUUUUAACUCUCAACUGUACCGUGUCAUCGUAAUAAUAGUCACCAGUCACCAUAAUGAUAAUACAUAGUCACAGUGUCUCUUUUUACUGACAUAAUACAAUAUGUGAUCACAUAAAAAAAGUAAUAAUCUAACAACCCUAAUAAUAGUAUAACUGUGCUGCAAUAAAAAUAAUAUAAAAAAAAAAGUGAGAGAGUUACAAAAAUUGAUUGCCCAUAAAUAACACUCAGAACGUUUGUGAGUUGGUGGGAUUUUGACUGUUCAAAAUGUGAGUGAGAGGGUGAGAAGUAGGGAAGGAGAAAGAGGGAGAGAGUGUUGGGAGGUCACUAGGGGAAGAGGAUGAUUGACAGAGAGAGAGAGAAGAAGAGGGAACUAGAAAAGUGGGCGGGAUAAUGGCGGUAGGGUGGGAGGGAGGGAGGGAGCGAGGUCACUCGGGG